CAUUCCUAUUGUGCGAUACGUGAUAUCAACUUGUUGCGUGAUCGUUUGCCGGUGUGCUUCUUAUUUUUACCUUUUUUUUUAAAUAAUUAUAAAUAAAACAAGUUGUUUCAGAUUUGAAAUUCGCAAAAGUAAAUUCAAAAUGCCACAUUAUCAUAAACCAGAGUCCAAAACUGUUCAAGAAUUGAAGGACAUUGCAAACAAGCUGAGAAUCCAUUCUAUUCAAGCCACGCAAGCCAGUAAAUCGGGACAUCCAACAUCAUGCUCGUCCAUGGCAGAAAUAAUGUCCGUUCUUUUCUUCCAUACAAUGCGCUAUAAAGUUUCUGCACCAAAAGAUCCGAGCAGUGACAGAUUUGUUCUCAGCAAGGGGCAUGCAGCUCCUAUUCUUUACGCAGCAUGGGCAGAGGCAGGCCUCUUCCAGAUUUCCGAUUUGCAAAAUUUAAGGAAAUUUGACAGUGACCUUGAAGGUCAUCCAACUCCUAGAUUGAACUUUGUUGAUGUAGGAACAGGCUCAUUGGGACAGGGCCUCUCUGUAGCGGCAGGAAUGGCCUAUGUUGGCAAAAAUUACGAUAAAGCCAGUUACCGGGUUUACUGUUUAGUUGGAGACGGUGAAUCGGCUGAGGGUUCAAUUUGGGAGGCUUUGCAUUUCGCUUCUCAUUAUAAACUAGAUAAUUUGUGUGUUAUUUUUGACAUUAAUCGUCUUGGACAGAGUGAGGCUACAAGUAUUCAACAUGACAUGGAAGUUUAUCGCAAACGCCUCGAAUCAUUUGGUUUUAAUACUUUGGUUGUUGAUGGACACGACGUUGAUGAACUCACGAAGGCUUUCCACGAAGCACAAAGCACAAAAGAACGUCCCACUGCCGUUUUGGCCAAGACUUUCAAGGGAAAGAAUUUCCCAAAUAUCGAGGAUUUGGACAAUUGGCACGGCAAACCUCUUGGUGCCAAAGCUAAUGAAGUAAUUGAGCACUUGACUACACUUAUUAAAAAUCAAGGACCACUUGAACUUCAUCCUCAAAAACCUUUAGUGGAGGAUGCACCAAAAAUUGACAUUAGUAAUAUUAAAUUAGAUACACCACCAAGUUAUAAACUUGGUGAAGCUAUUGCUACACGCGCUGCCUAUGGAACAGCUAUUGCAAAGAUUGCCAAGAACAAUUCACGAGUUAUUGCCGUAGACGGUGAUACUAAAAAUUCAACAUUUUCUGAAAAAAUCAAAACCGUCGAUCCAAAGAGAUAUAUUGAAGGUUAUAUCGCCGAACAAAAUUUAGUUGGAGUUGCAAUGGGAGCAACUUGCCGCGAUCGAACUGUUGCUUUUGUUUCUACAUUUGCCACAUUUUUCACUCGAGCAUUCGAUCAGAUAAGAAUGGGUGCAAUCUCGCAGACAAAUGUAAAUUUUGUUGGUUCCCAUUGCGGUGUAUCAAUUGGUGAAGAUGGUCCUUCACAAAUGGGUUUGGAGGAUAUUGCAAUGUUCCGAACAGUACCUGGUUCAACUGUCUUCUAUCCAAGUGAUGCUGUUUCAACGGAACGAGCGGUUGAAUUGGCAGCAAAUACAAAAGGCGUUUGUUUCAUUCGUACAUCACGUCCAAAUACUGCCGUCCUCUAUAAGAACGAUGAGAAUUUUGCAAUUGGAAAAAGUAAAAUUGUCAAAUCAUCACCAAAAGAUGAGGUUCUUGUUAUUGGAGCUGGUGUUACACUUCACGAGGCUAUUGCAGCUGCCGAGGAAUUGGCUAAAUCUGGUAUUCAUGUUCGUGUUAUGGAUCCAUUCACUAUUAAACCAAUUGAUCAGGCUGCAAUUUUGGCAAAUGCAAAAGAAGUCGGUGGUAGAAUUGUCACUGUCGAGGAUCAUUAUCCCGAAGGUGGAUUGGGAGAGGCUGUACUAUCAGCUGUUGCAAUGACGAAAAAUGUGAUUGUCAAGAAACUUGCCGUACCGGAAGUUCCACGUUCGGGACCACCAACUGUUUUAUUGGACGCAUAUGGCAUUAGUGCACGCAACAUUGUUGCUGCCGUUCAAGAAAUACGUAAAGCCUAAACUUUUUUUGUCUUUUGCGAAAUGAAACGUGGCUUCUAAAAAAAAGGCGCAAAAUAAUAGCACAAAAAGAAAAAUCGACGAAAGAAGAUGUGUGAUCAAAGACUUUUUACCUUUUAUACGUGCCUAUGAAUUUUUUUCACGAAGGUUAGAAAUUACUUUUUUUUAAAUAUAUAUUUCACUGGAAAAUUUCAAUAUAUUAGAGCUAUAUAUUAUAUAAUAAUAUCAUAUGGAUAAUAUUAUAAAUAAUCAGUAUCUUACACUUGAUCAAACAUUUAUGAAAGUUUUACGAGAAAAAACAUUUUUUUUAUUUCUACUAAUAAUUAAAUUUUAAUCUCGAUUGUCGGGUAAAGUUGUAAAUUUCAAAUAUAUUUUUCUAAAAGGUUUGUAGAGAUGUAUGGUACUUGAAUGUUGAUUCAAUUGAGUGUUUUUGCAUUUAUUAUAAUAUUGAUAUAGUUUUUUAUGAAGCCACUGAAAGCGAAUAGACUUAUUUUCAGAAAUCAAA